CGAUGCACCGAUGACCUGAAUAUCAAUCUACAAACCUUGAAAUGGCAGACGUGUACAAGAUCUUGAUCCUUCUGGGAGCGGUGGUGGGUAGUGUCGUUCUCGGUGAAGUUAAUAAUCAGUUUAGUGUCCAGAAUGUCAGUAACAUCGAUCCUGGGAGAUACCAUGCGCUGGGGCUGUUCAACAAUGAUCAUCCGAGUAGAAAGCGACUUGCUGUUAGGAAAUGCACCUCUUUCAGCUUUAUAUUUCCGCUGAAGAUCUUCUCCACCGAGGAGCCCUACUUCUGUCCAGCGGUUUUCAUCAGUCCCGAAUCGCUGCUAACGUCCGCCCUGUGUCUACGGAUGCUGCAACGCCCCGAUGAGCAUCCCUCGAGUCACAUGUUCGCGAUGGUCGACCGCGAGGAGGUCUUCUACUACGAGCAUGGCCGUCGUUACGUCAGCAAGAUCUUCGUCCAUCCCAAGUUCGAGGAGGAGCCAGCGUACUACAACGUGGCCGUCGUUAAGCUACGUAACGCAGUCAGGUACGAUCGCGACGCCUUGGGACGCAGCCAGGUGGCCUGUCUGUGGGCCGAGAACCGGCUGAAGAACCCGCAGGCCGUGCUCGGCGAGUGGUUCGAGUUCCAGCCGGAGCAGAAUCCGUCUUUCCGGUGGCUGGACCUCCCGCUCAUAACCCGCAAAGAGUGCAGCGCCGAGUUGGCCAAGCUGAAGCGACCCGUUCCGGAGCUCAACCAGGGCGUUCAGGACUUCCAGCUUUGCGUCCGCGAGUCCCGCACCAACAGCUCGCUAACCCGAUUCUGCGAUCCACGCUCCUCGGGACCGCUGCUGACCACGCUCGGGAGCACCGUGUACGUGGUCGGAAUGCCCACGGUUCACAUCGACGAGUGUGGCGUCGAGGUGGAAGUGUUCAACCGGGUGUCGCAUUAUCUCGAUUGGAUCGAAACCGUCGUCUGGCCCGGUCAGGAGUGAACGAUGAUGAUUGAGCGAUUAGGUCCCCUCCAUUUAGAGAACCAAAAAAAAUCUCAUUGAUCCGAUUUUCAAAAAAGAAAUGAAAAAAAGCGAACUACAAUGGCACCGAUCACCCUAAUCAUCAUAAAAUAUUCGUAAAAUCAGAUCAAUUUAUGUCAAGCGUGUCAGUUUUCAGUGCGUUUCGCAUGGAAAAUUGAGUCAUUUUUCAAAAAAUAAAUGCGUUUUUUUGUUUCUCCCUCGGGCAAUAUAAGAUUUUCGAAAAAAUAAUGACGAGAAACAAGCCACCUCUCCCCCUUGUUGUCUCCCUCGAAAACAUCAAACUGCGCCACGUUUCAGCAGGAAAUUCAAUCAAUCAGCAGGGAAUCCUGCAAAAUUUUGCAUCUUUUUGGCGUUGAAUUGCGGAGUGGAGAACGUCUUCGUAUUGUGUCCGCUUUUUUAAUGCCUUUUAUGUUCACUUUAUGAUGUCUUUAGGAUCGAUUUUCAAAGGCAUCAGCCAAGUGGGAAUAAGCGGGAUAAUGUUAGUUUAAUGAGAAAGAAGUGUAAGGUCUCGUGGGAUUAGAAAUUGUGU